CACGUCUUGCGCUGGCACAUCCAACGGCUAUCCCCAUUGCUCUACUGAUUAAUCGACCUCGCACUCGACACUCGCUACUGACGUGACCAUGUUAGCGUCGAGCUGACGUUCGAGGGACCCCUUACAGACAUUGUCACACGCAACCAGCGCCCUCGACAGGUCCGCGGAGUGUCAUACCCCAUCGAGCAGCCCUCCGAGGACGCAUUGCACGCUUUAUCGAUUGCAGCGGACAUAGCGACACGAGCGACGGACUUUGCGAGCGACUGCGAUAGUUUUCGCGCUGGUCUGGGAGUGGAGGAAAGUGAACGUGGGGUGCCAAAGUCGUCAUCCGGAAGGGUCCACGACCUCGAAGACAGCAUGCAGGAGGAGCAACAGCGCCCGCCGCCGCCGGCGUAUGCCCAGCACGAGCCCGAAUCUUUUCACCUCCCGUCGGUUCCAACACAUGUUCCGCACACGACACAGAGCAAUGGCCGCCUGCCGGGCAUCAGGUCGCUCGACCUGCCAGACGCCAUGGCGCCACGUCAUAGCCCGCACAACUCGGUGGAAAUAAGCCCCAGGCCGCAAUUCGACGGUGCGCAAUGGGGGCACUUGCCUUCGCUGCACAGUGCGACGUUCCCACGCGUGCCCGAGGGGCUGCCGAGAAUGCCUGAAGACAUGGGAAGCCCAAUGGACACGGCGAGUGUGUGGAGUGCGCAGGAUGAGAAGGCGAGGAGGGAGAUGAGCGUCAGUAUUGAAGACCCGGAUGUGAGACAGGCUGCCGAAGCGCUGAGUGGCUUGGGCAAUCCAGACUUUGUACGCUCGCCAACUGCGCCAUCAGUCACGCUGUCCGCCCACUCACCGACCGCUGAUCCUGAGCCUCUCCUGUCGCUUCUCACGUCAAACCACCCAUGGCUUGGAGGCACCAUCAACGGCUCCAUCUCAGCAUACAACACCACAAAAGGCUACACGCCACGUUUUGUCCAGUAUGGCGCCGAGCUCAUUGAGCGCAACAUUGGAUCGCCAAUGGUCAACACCGUGUCUUCAGUCGGCAGAAGGACAGGCAUGGAGCAGAACAUCCGCAAGUACCUCGGCGAGCAAGGCAGGCGGCCAAGCGACCUUGAAGCCGGCGACGAUGACAUGUCGCGGAAACGGCAACGACGCGAGAACCCGUCUGAUGACGCCAUGGACAUUGAUGAUGGCGCGGCUGCUUCGCGGACGAGGGCUACCUCGCGAUCCUCCUUCGCCGAGUCGCUGCCUGCAUACGACGACCAGCGAUCACCAAACUAUGAGGAGACUGCUGUGGCUCCGGCAUCUACAAACGGCAAAGAGCCAGCACAUCAGCAGCAGCGGCAGCACGACCGAAGAACACCAUGGUCUACACAGCUCAUCAUGACCACAUCCGGUCUCGGUGUCGCCCUAUCCGAACCCUCCCUCCGCUCACUCAGACUCUGUCUCAAGCUCCUCCGCAGCGCCACAACCCGCAUCGACACCAUAAUGAAAUCCCUCAAACUCGUCCUCGAAGAGUACGAAGCAGCACUGGCGCGCCGCCGCCCCCACGACGUCGAAGCCCCGCACGAGGAACUCAACGGCACAAUGGCGCAAAUGGGCCUCGUCGACAGCGAACAAGACGCCCAAGUCCGCAUUAUCGCCGACCGCAUCAAGCAAUACAGCUCCGAAAUCUGGACCACCCUGCAGUCCGUCGUGCAAGCCGUGUCGCGCUACACAGGCGGCGCGCUCCCGCAAAAUGCCUCGCAGGUUGUGCGCACGCAAUUGCUCAGCGUUCCGCAGCGCUGGCAACUCGCGGGCCAGCAGGCGGAUGGCGAUGCGCAGCAGGGCGAGGCGGUCAGAGGCGCGAAUCGCAUGUUGGCGUUUGCGAAGGAGGGGCUGGACAUGAUGGGCCAGAUUACGACUGUUGUUGAUGGCACCGUGCAGAGUGCUGAGACCUGGUUGAAUCGGAUUGGGAGACGCGCGCCGGCGAGUCGGGCGGGUGAGGGGAGUGUGCAGGGCGGGGAGAGGGAUAAGACUCCGCUGGCGUCAUCAAAUGGGACCCAUGUGGCUGAGAAGCGGUAGCGUGUGGAUAAGAGCAGAGGAACGACGAAAGACGAUAUGUAAAGGGACAAAACCCUGGACCGACAUCUACCAGCAUCAAAUUUCCUUUGUGUACAUCAGUGUGUGCCUCAUCAGCGAGAAUGCUACAUCCACUUUUUUGCGAGCGAUUCUUUUUUUGCACAAAGGAGCAUUUCACUAGAGGAUGCCGUCGAAACAUGCGAGCUUGAUAUUCCUGUCUUCUACAUACGAGCGAUGAAAAGCUAGAUUCAAGGUUUUGCGGUGGGUUAAGCAAUACAUCAAGUUUCAUAGA